AUGGAUGGUGACGAUCUUUUCGACGUCUUUAACGAAGCUCCAGUCUUGGAUGCUCCAGUUGAAGAAGUAGAAGAAAUUAAAACUGAGGAGAUAAACUCCAAGAAAAGAACUGCUGGAAGUGGUAGUGAUGAUGAAGUCAUCGCAACCAGUACAACUGAGCCAAGUAGUUCUGAACCUCAACCAAGAAAAAAGAAAGAUGUAAAGACUAAAUCUGAAAUUAAGCCAGUAGUUUUCGAUGCUCUUGAGAUUGAAGCUUCUAGAGAAGUUGCUGUAUCCGAUGGAUUGAUGGCACCUUCUACAACUUCCAAGCCAGAAGGUCAAUUGAAAUUAAAGCAUCAAGUUAGACAUCAAGUUGCAGUUCCACCUGAUUUCCCAUAUGUCCCUAUCGGGGAACAUAAAAGACAUAACGAAGCUAGAACAUAUCCGUUUGUAUUGGAUCCUUUCCAAGACACUGCUAUUUCUUGUAUCGAUAGAAAUGAAUCUGUAUUGGUUUCUGCCCAUACAUCUGCUGGUAAAACAGUUGUAGCUGAGUAUGCAAUUGCUCAAUCUUUGAGAGAAAAGCAAAGAGUUAUCUACACAUCUCCAAUUAAGGCCUUGAGUAAUCAAAAGUAUAGAGAAUUAUUGGCAGAAUUUGGUGAUGUUGGUUUGAUGACUGGUGAUGUUACUAUCAAUCCAGAUGCUGGAUGUUUAGUCAUGACUACUGAAAUUUUGAGAAGUAUGUUGUAUCGUGGUUCCGAAGUUAUGAGAGAAGUUGCAUGGGUUAUUUUCGAUGAAGUCCAUUACAUGAGGGAUAAAUCUCGUGGUGUUGUUUGGGAAGAAACCAUCAUUUUAUUGCCAGAUAAGGUUCAUUAUGUUUUCCUUUCUGCCACCAUUCCAAAUGCCAUGCAAUUUGCUGAAUGGAUUGUCAAGAUUCAUAUGCAACCUUGUCACGUUGUUUAUACGGAUUUCCGUCCUACUCCUUUACAGCAUUAUUUAUUCCCAGCUGCAGGUGAUGGAAUUCAUUUGGUUGUUGAUGAAAAGGGAACUUUUAGAGAAGAAAAUUUCCAAAAGGCCAUGGCCUCUAUCAGUGACAAUGUUGGAGAUGAUCCAUCCAGUGGAGAUAAAUCCAAGGGUAAGAAGGGUCAAACAUAUAAAGGUGGUAACAAAGAUGGUAAGUCUGAUAUUUAUAAGAUUGUUAAAAUGAUUUACAUGAAGAGAUACAAUCCAGUUAUUGUUUUCUCUUUCUCCAAGAGAGAUUGUGAAUCUUUAGCUUUGAAAAUGUCUAAAUUAGAUUUUAAUACUGAUGAUGAAAGAGAUGCCUUGACUAAAAUUUUCAAUAACGCUAUUGGAUUAUUACCAGAAGCUGAUAAGGAAUUACCUCAAAUCAAGAAUAUAUUACCUCUUUUGAGACGUGGUAUUGGUAUCCAUCAUUCUGGUUUGUUACCAAUUUUGAAGGAAAUUAUUGAAAUUUUGUUCCAAGAAGGUCUUUUGAAAGUAUUAUUUGCAACUGAAACUUUCUCCAUUGGUCUUAAUAUGCCUGCUAAGACCGUUGUGUUUACUUCUGUACGUAAGUGGGAUGGUAAAGGAUUCCGUUGGGUAUCUGGAGGUGAAUAUAUCCAAAUGUCUGGUAGAGCUGGUCGUCGUGGUUUAGAUGAUCGUGGUAUUGUUAUCAUGAUGAUUGACGAAAAGAUGGAACCACAAGUCGCCAAGGGGAUGGUUAAGGGUCAAGCUGAUAGAUUAGACUCUGCAUUCCAUUUGGGUUACAAUAUGAUUUUGAACUUGAUGAGAGUGGAAGGUAUUUCUCCUGAAUUUAUGUUGGAGAGUUCUUUCUUCCAAUUCCAAAAUGCUGCAUCUGUUCCAGUUAUGGAAAAGGAAUUACAAGAUUUAACUCUUACCUCAAACCAAAUUCAUAUUGAUGAUGAAGGUGUUGUUAAAGAAUAUUAUGAUUUGAAGAAACAAUUGGAUACUUAUCAACAAGAUGUUCGUCGUGUUAUCACCCAUCCAGGCCAUAUCUUACCAUUUUUACAAGCUGGUAGAGUCAUUCUGGUUAAGAUUGGUGAUAUGGAUUAUGGUUGGGGGAUGGUUACAUCUUUCACCAAGAGAAAUAACAAGAGAAAUCCUUCACAAGUUUUCACUGAUCAUGAAUCAUAUUUGGUGAAUGUAUUCGUAUACACCAUGUACGUUGAUUCUCCAGUCAAUUUAAUCAAACCUUUCAACCCAAUGUUGGCUGAAGGUAUUAGACCAGCUAAGGCUGGUGAAAAAUCUAGAGCUGAGUACAUUCCAAUUACUUUAGAUUCUAUUGAAAAGAUCAGUAGUGUAAGAUUAAAGGUUCCAGAUGAAUUCAAGAGUUCAGCUGCCAAGAGAAACCUUCUCAAGACUAUGAAGGAUCUUCCAAAGAGACUCCCAGAUGGUAUGCCACUUAUGGAUCCAGUUGAAAGUAUGAAGAUUGAGGAUUCUGACUUCAAGUUACUCUUAAGAAAGAUUGAUGUUUUAGAAUCAAAAUUAGUCAGUAACCCAUUACAUGACAGUACAAGAUUGAAAGAUUUGUAUGAAAAAUACACUGAAAAGGUCCAGCUUGAUGCUAAGAUCAAGGUUCUUAAGGAAAAGGUUUUGGAAGCACAAGCAGUCAUUCAAUUGGAUGAUUUGAGACAUAGAAAGAGAGUUUUAAGAAGACUUGGAUUUACUACUCAAAAUGAUAUCAUAGAAUUAAAGGGUAGAGUUGCAUGUGAAAUCAGUACUGGUGAUGAAUUAUUAUUGACAGAAUUGAUUUUCAAUGGUAAUUUCAAUGACUUAACUUCAGAACAAUGUGCUGCCUUAUUGUCAUGUUUCGUUUUCCAAGAAAGAUCUAAGGAAGUUCCAAGAUUGAAGCCUGAGCUUGCUGAACCUCUUAAGUCUAUGCAAGAUAUGGCUACCAAGGUCGCCAAGGUUUUCAAGGAAUGUAAGAUUGAACUUGUUGAAAAGGAAUACGUUGAAUCAUUCAGACUGGAACUUAUGGAAGUUACAUACUCUUGGUGUAAAGGGGCAUCUUUUACCCAAAUUUGUAAGAUGACAGACGUAUACGAAGGUUCUUUAAUUCGUAUGUUUAAGAGAUUAGAAGAAAUGUUGAGACAAAUGGUCACUGCGGCCAAAACUAUUGGAAAUGCUGCCUUGGAAGAAAAGAUGGAAAAGGCUAUGGAAAUGGUUCAUAGAGAUAUCGUUUCUGCUGGAUCUUUGUACCUUUAG